AUGCAAACCUCUAGCUCGCCUCGUACGCCAACGACCCCCAUAGAAAUUCAUGUUGAGAUUGAGGUACGACGAGACGCGGAUGAUGAACCGGCGGACCACCAGCGCCCCGACAUUUCCCACGGACCUCAAUUUGGUCGCCAGUCGCCAACACCACCAUCCCUUCCUCCACAACUUCCACUGAUAUCUACCAAUUCAUCAAUCAUGUCGUUGCCCCGGUCGAGCUACGACCCUAGACGGGUUUGCCUCAAUCCAUUCCCUGAAUUUACCCUUGGGAAGCAUAGGCGAACGAUUGGAGUGUAUAUUGCCGGCGCUCUGUUUGCGUUGGCGAACUGGACUUUCUUGGACGCCGCUAUACUCUCUGCGCAUGCAAAGAAACCUUUGGAUCCUCCCCCACCUGUUCACGUCACUUUCGUUGAUUGGGUUCCCGGAAUAUGUUCUUUACUCGGAUUUUUCGUUAUAGUCCUCAUCGACAAGGAUCGUGUUAGGGGUGAAGAAGGGUUCGGGGACUCGAGGGCUGUCUGGAGGGCGAGGCUGUUCUUGUUCAUCGGGUUUGCGUUGAUGGCUGGCGGGCUGGCUGGGAGCAUUACUGUGUUGAUUCUCAAGUACAUUCUGGAGGACUACUCGGAGCAGUUCACCUACUAUGGCUACGCAAAUGUCUCCCAGAACGUUGCCCUUAUGCUCUCCGCAGUCGUGCUGUGGAUUGCGACAAGUAGCGCUAGCGAGUACGAGUAUAACCUAACCCUCUGA